AUGAAUUUAUGCCGAUUUUGCCCUGGAGUAGCCGUAUUAGAUGGUUUAUUGUAUGUUUUUGGUGGAGAAACAGGAUCUAUUGUUGAUACUUUUGAAAUUUACAACCCCAACACCAACACUUGGACCUUGGAGAGAUUGUCAAGAAAUGGAGUACGAAUUUAUGGUGCAAUUGUUGUCAAUAGACCACAUCAUUAUCAUUAA